AUGGCCGUGCUACUCUGGGAUGUCUCCGGCAUGCUGGCAUAUCUGUCGUUCCCUGGCUCGGCGUUUCUCGUCAGCACCAUCUCGUGGAUUAGCCUGGCCCUGGGCCUUAUUUUCAUUGUACCUUCUCUUCUUGCAGUCGUUUUCGAUAUUCUGCUAUGGAUCUGGAGAACGUUUUGCUCAGCCCAGAGUGCGCCAGAUGCGCGGAUCCCCGCCGCAGCCGGCUCGGCAGCAGCAAUAGUCACUGCAACAACAACAAUCGGUUCCGAACAUGGCGAUCAGCGAGCGAGACGACGAUAA